AGUCGCUGUGCUGCGCAGCUCUCUUAGCGGUUGGCUCCGGCCGAGGCGGUUGGAAGAACCGUUGUGGGAGGUGCUACACUAGGCGAGCGACUUCUCCCUCUCGACGACCGGACCCGCGCGAGCACCGGAGUUGGCGUUACUGUCGCCCGACAGGGUAUCUGAAGUAAAAGGGGCAUUUAAAUCAAACGGUAUUGAGAUGGAUUGGGUUAUGAAACAUAAUGGUCCAAAUGACGCUAGUGAUGGGACAGUACGACUUCGUGGACUGCCAUUUGGUUGCAGCAAAGAGGAAAUAGUUCAGUUCUUUCAAGGGUUGGAAAUCGUGCCAAAUGGGAUAACAUUGACGAUGGACUACCAGGGGAGAAGCACAGGGGAGGCCUUCGUGCAGUUUGCUUCAAAGGAGAUAGCAGAAAAUGCUCUGGGGAAACACAAGGAAAGAAUAGGGCACAGGUAUAUUGAGAUCUUCAGAAGUAGCAGGAGUGAAAUCAAAGGAUUUUAUGAUCCACCAAGAAGAUUGCUGGGCCAGCGACCGGGACCAUAUGAUAGACCAAUAGGAGGAAGAGGGGGUUAUUAUGGAGCUGGGCGUGGAAGUAUGUAUGACAGAAUGCGAAGAGGAGGUGAUGGAUAUGAUGGUGGUUAUGGAGGUUUUGAUGACUAUGGUGGCUAUAAUAAUUAUGGCUAUGGAAAUGAUGGUUUUGAUGACAGAAUGAGAGAUGGAAGAGGUAUGGGAGGACAUGGCUAUGGUGGAGCUGCUGGUGAUGCAAGUUCAGGUUUUCAUGGUGGUCAUUUUGUACAUAUGAGAGGAUUACCUUUUCGUGCAACUGAAAAUGACAUUGCUAAUUUCUUUUCACCACUAAAUCCAAUACGAGUGCAUAUUGAUAUUGGAGCUGAUGGCAGAGCAACAGGAGAAGCUGAUGUAGAGUUUGUGACACAUGAAGAUGCAGUAGCUGCCAUGUCUAAAGAUAAGAAUAACAUGCAACAUCGAUACAUUGAACUCUUCUUGAAUUCUACUCCUGGAGGUGGCUCUGGAAUGGGAGGUUCUGGAAUGGGAGGCUAUGGCAGAGAUGGAAUGGAUAAUCAGGGAGGUUAUGGAUCUGUUGGAAGAAUGGGAAUGGGGAACAACUACAGUGGAGGAUAUGGUACUCCCGAUGGCUUGGGUGGUUAUGGCCGUGGUGGUGGAGGCAGUGGAGGUUACUAUGGGCAAGGUGGCAUGAGUGGAGGUGGAUGGCGUGGGAUGUAUUAAAACAUAACCACAAACAUACAAGUCCCGACAACAGCAUCUGGUCUACUAGACUUUCUUACAGAUAUAAUUUCUUUUGUAUUUUAAGAACUUUAUAAUGAUUAAGGGGAUGUGUUUUCAAAAUAUUAUUUGGUAAAGCAACAGAUUGUGAUGGGAAAAUCUGUUUUCUGUAGGUUUUAUUUGUUGCAUACUUUGACUUAAAAAUAAAUUUUUAUAUUCAAA